GGAAAGGAGGAAGCGCGCCAUUGAAGAACCACAACGUGAAGAUUUCGAGUUCCUUGUCUUCCUUCGAGUGAAACGUUUUGACAAUUGUUUUUAGGACAACAAAGCGUAAACCCAUAACGAGGAUGGCGUACAGAGGACAAGGACAGAAAGUCCAGAAGGUUAUGGUGCAGCCAAUUAACCUUAUUUUCAGGUAUCUACAGAACCGCUCUCGUAUCCAGGUGUGGCUGUAUGAACAGGUGAACAUGCGGAUAGAAGGCUGCAUCAUCGGCUUUGAUGAAUACAUGAACCUGGUUCUGGAUGAUGCUGAGGAGGUUCACAUGAAGACCAAGAACAGGAAGCCCUUGGGGAGGAUCAUGCUGAAAGGAGAUAACAUCACCCUGCUACAGAGUGUAGCCACCUAACUCAACCCAACAGGACCAAGUCCAUCCAUCUCCAGCCGACAUACAUUUUCUAGGAUA